GAGUUUCUGCACCCGACAUCUCUGCUCCUGACUCCUGUGACCUUAGAUGUCCUCCCAGUGAACCCUGCCUCACCUCUAACUUCUAUAUGUCAGACCAUACGAUCACAUGUGCAGACUCUUGCACCUGAUAUGUAAAUGAUCACAUUUCUUGCCAACUGACGCCCACGAUGUGUCCAGCUGAUACCACCUCUCAGGCUGGCAUCCGGCCACUGAAGGUUCUUUUGGGCGUGGAUGAAGGGGUCCCAUCUGCGUCAGUGGACGCGAUUUGGCAUCCGUUCCCGUGGGUGGGACUGCGGAGCCAACUGAAUUUAAGUAGAAGUCCAAACUUACCGGGCAUCGCCAUCAGGUAGAGAAAGAGAGAGAAGCAACAUGAGUUUGACUGAGAAAGACAAGGCUGCAGUCAAGGCACUGUGGGGCAAAAUCUCCAAGUCAGCAGAUGCAAUUGGAGCUGAUGCUGUGAGCAGGAUGCUCAGCGUCUAUCCGCAAACCAAGACCUACUUCUCCCACUGGCCCGACCUGAGCCCCGGCUCUGCAACCGUGAAAGGCCACGGAAAGAAGGUGAUGAGUGGAGUAAGUCUGGCUGUGUCCAAGAUCGACGACCUGACCAACGGCCUGCUGGAUCUCAGUGAGAAGCACGCCUUCCAGAUGAGAGUGGAUCCGGCCAACUUCAAGUUGCUGUCCCACUGCCUUCUCGUGGUGAUCUCCAUCAUGUUCCCUAAGGAAUUCACUCCUGAGGCCCACGUCGCCUUGGACAAAUUCCUGUCCAACUUGGCCAUGUCUCUCUCUGAGAGGUACCGCUGAGCGGAGAAUGCGGUC